AUGGCAAAAAAGAAAAUGGUUGAGGCUUUAGAUUUACUUUUAAAAGAUUUAAUGGAGCACAAUAUACUAUUUGGUGGAAAAGAAGUUGUUUUCAGCAGUGAUUUUAGACAGACUCUUCCCGUUGUACGUAGUGGAAAAAAAGAAGAGUUUAUUCGUGAGAGUUUAUUAUGCUUUGAUAUUUGGAAUCAACUUGAAAAAUUGCAAUUGACAGAAAAUAUGCGUGCAAAAACAGAUCUUGCUUUCUGCGAAUACUUAAUGCGAAUUGGCAGCGAAAAGAAAAAUACUCAAGGAAAAAUUACCAUUCCUCAUUCUUUAAUUAUUCCAUUUACUUCCGAACAAGAAUCCCUGCAACUUCUAUUUAGAGUUACUUAUCCCAAUUUACAUGUACAUCAUUCGGAUGCUUCAUUUAUUACUUCUCGCGCUGUUUUAACUACAAAAAAUGACUUUGUUGAUGAAAUUAAUAAUAUGCUAAUAACACAAUACCCAACCCCUUCGAAAAUUUACUUGGCUAUUGAUGAAACAAUUGAUCCAAAAGAUCAAAGCGAAUAUGAAGAUUUCAUGCACAGUUUAAAUCCUGCAAGUUUCCCUCCGUACAAGUUGACGUUACAAAAAAACUGUCCGAUUAUGUUAUUAUGUAAUCUAAAUCCUUGUGACGGUCUAUGUAAUGGAACUAGAUUAAUAUGUAAUGAUUUCAAAAGUCAUAUAAUCAGUGCAACAAUAUCAAGUGGGGAUUUUAAAAACAAACAUGUAUUCAUUCCACGAAUCCCUCUCCUAACAUCGCAGGAUGAAAAAUUACCUCUUCAGUUUAAAAGAACACAAUUUCCAAUACGAUUAUGUUACGCCAUGACUAUAAAUAAAGCACAAGGUCAAAUGUUAGAUUUUGUUGGUAUUUACCUACGUGAGCCAACAUUUUCCCAUGGUCAAUUAUAUGUCGCUUUAUCACGAGCCAAAAGUUCUAACUGUGUAAAGGUAUUAAUUAGACCAUCUACAACUGAGGACAACGACGAUCACUCUACCUAUAAUAUAGUGUAUGAUGAAGUCAUUGAAAAGGCUUUUUCCGUGGAUUGA